AUGGCCUCCUUCUCCCUCCUCCGCACGUCCGCGCGCUCGCUACGGCGGAGCGCGGUUUUCCCCGCAUUCUCCCCAGGUUUUGCGCGCGGCCUGUCAACGAAGCACCCGGCGGGCUUUGAACCCCCCACUGAAGACGAUAUUUUGGAACUUCGAGAGCGAGUCCAAGAUUUUACACGACGAGAGAUCCCGGCCGAGGUUGCCCAGCGCACGGACGAGCUGAAUGAGUUCCCGGCGGACAUGUGGAAGAAGUUGGGCGAUGCUGGAUUCCUUGGAGUUACCGCCAAUGAGGAGUACGGUGGAUUGGGAAUGGGCUACCAGGCCCACUGUAUUGUGAUGGAAGAACUGAGCCGGGCAUCUGGAAGCAUCGGCCUAUCCUACGCUGCCCACUCGCAGCUCUGCGUGAACCAACUUUCAUUAAAUGGCUCAGCCGAACAGAAAGAACGAUUUUUACCAGGUUUGCUUUCUGGUGAUAAGAUUGGUGCUCUUGCUAUGUCGGAGCACUCAGCAGGCUCCGAUGUGGUCAGCAUGAAGACUACCGCGAAGGAAGUUGAUGGUGGUUGGCUGCUCAAUGGAACCAAGAUUGUUAACACCAUGCUUGCACAGGGUCCUGACGCGGAUUUUAUCGUCGUGUACGCCAAGACCGAGGCUGAGAAGGGGUCCAAGGGCAUCACCGCUUUCGUGGUUGAGAAGAACUUCAAGGGCUUUUCAUGUGCGCGCAAGUUGGACAAACUUGGAAUGCGCGGCUCUAACACCGGCGAGCUUGUCUUCGAGGAUGUGUUUGUUCCGCGAGCAAACCUCCUGGGAGAAGUGAACAAGGGUGUCAAAGUUCUAAUGGAAGGCCUUGAUUUGGAAAGGCUGGUUUUGAGUGCAGGGCCACUUGGCAUCAUGCAGGCCGCCCUUGACCUGGUUCUUCCCUACACCCACGUCCGAAAGCAGUUCGGCAUCCCCAUUGCUCACAAUCAGUUGAUCCAGGGCAAGCUGGCGGACAUGUACACGAAGCUGGCUGUCUCGCGGGCAUACACGUACGCUACUGCGCGGGAGGUUGACAAUGGCGCAGUAUCUCCUCACCCGGUGGUCAUCCGAACUCAGGACUGCGCUGGCGCAAUCCUGUAUGCCGCUGAGCGUGCCACCGAGUGCUCACUGGACGCGAUCCAGCUGAUGGGUGGAAAUGGAUACAUCAACGAGAUUCCAGCUGGACGUCUGCUCCGAGACGCGAAGCUGUAUGAGAUUGGAGCAGGCACGAGUGAGAUCCGACGAAUGGUGAUCGGCCGUGCAUUCAAUAAGGAGUAUGCGUAA